AUCUUGCUAAUGCUUUCAGCUUUUAUCACAGGAAAGGAAUUCAAAGCAGGCGAAGAUAAGUAAAUCUGAAUCAUCAGAAUACUAAAAAUGCAAGCAAGACAGGCAGCAGGCAGGAUGUGGAAUAUGAAUACGAGGAAGAUAAUGGCGAUGUGCAACUGCGCCAUUGCAAAGCCAGGAGCUCGUGCGGCAGAACACGGCGUCAGGGCACCCCUGCCUCGCGAUGACAAUCUAAAACAAGAAAUCCAUAGAGAAAACGAAAAGGAUAUUUUGGAGGAAGCGCGUGAAAGCACAGCCGCCGAGAGAGAACAAACGGACCUGGAGGCCGACAGGUCCGCCGCCUCCAGCCACCACACGGCAGAGGAAGCGGGCGGCGGAAAGGCGGAGCAAUUCUUACAUCAUACGGAAAUAUCGGUGGGAAACCCUAAUUACCAGCAGUCCCGGCGGUGGAGUCACCGGGAGCAAUUAUCCUGUGGAGUCCCAUUUGACCUUGAAAAGGUCAAGGGCACGGAAGAGGUGCCCGACAGCCGUGGGUAUGAAGGCGAUGACGUGUCGUCCACCGUACCGGCUACCUCCGGUGAGAUGGACGCUGUGUAUGAGCGGGCGGAGGAGAGCCUUGAGCAGGUCCGCAGCGGCGUCCCUCCUGAGCAGGCCGUUGGAGUUAUAUGA